UCUCCUUCCCUAGGCCAGCUCCUAGCUUUCUUCCCUAGCUAGGGCAUAUACCGUUUCUAUCCAGGAGGAGUCCAGAGUGAGACAGAGAGAGAGAGAUUGACGAUGGCGUUAGCCUAUGCAGCAGCCAGGCUAGUCCACCCAUGCAUUGGCAUGGGCAUGGUGUCCAAGCAGCACCCAAGAACACCGCCAUCGUCCUCCUGCUGCCUACACCUCCACCACAUCCUCUACCUUAGGCCCGUCGUCAGCAGCCACCACUUGGCGCGCCACUCCGUCGACGUCACCAAGAACGACAAGCCGCUUGAGCCGCCGCCGCCGCCGGCUGCAGGGACAGAGAGCACACAUCAGCAGGAGGACGAGGACGGCGGGCCAAAGCUGGACCUGAUGAGGUUCGAGGAGAAGUUCGCGGUGCUGAACACGGGGGUCCACGAGUGCCGGUCCUGCGGGUACCGCUACGACCAGGCGGCAGGGGACCCGUCGUACCCGGUGCCGCCGGGCCUCCCCUUCGCGCAGCUGCCCGACGACUGGUGGUGCCCCACCUGCGGCGCCACGCAGUCCUCCUUCGAGAGCAAGAGCGUGGAGAUCGUCGGGUUCGCGCAGAACCAACAGUUCGGGCUGGGCGACAACUCCCUCACCUUCGGCCAGAAGGGCCUGCUCAUCUACGACAACCUCCUCAUCGGCUUCCUCUUCUUCAUCUCUCGCUACUUCCUGCAAUGAUGACGCCAACAACGACUCUUUCUGAUCUGAUCUGCUUUCUGUUUGUGUGAAUAGAAUACUUCGUCCGUGCAUGUACUCCUCCCCACUCCCAGGGAACAACAUUCAUCAUCAAUCGACUAGAAACUCUUGGUUUUAGAUUUUUUUUGAUU